GAGAUCUAACUUCACAAUAUUUUUGACAUGAAAUGAAGGAUGUCUUGAAGCAAAGUUUUGAGUGGUUGCAAGCCAUUUUCCUUUGUGUUUUCAUGUCACUUUGUCUUCAACCUCAAACUCCUUGUGAUGUCCCAACUUCUUUUUUUUUUUUAAUCAUCCUUCAUAAUUUAUAGAAUAUAUAUUUAUAUAUAUAUAUAUAUAUACAUCAACUUUGUUUUUUCUCAUUCAAUUCUUUGACUAUGAAAAUAGACACUGACCUUUCCUUCAAGUAUGCAGUGCCAGUAUAAUUCAUUCAAGUAGUUGACAUUUCAAUUCUGGUUUGUGGAGAUCAUUAAGAGUUAAGAAUGGAGGCCAAGAAGCCGGGGAAAUCACUACGAAGAUUACCGAAGUCUUUGCAGUCACUUUUAGGCCUCAAGACAUAUCUAACACCGAAAUGGAUUGAAUCAGUAUCUCAUAUACUCAAGGACUUACCAUCUGCUCCUGUUAUCGAUACCGAAAAAAUUGAGAACCAUGAUUCAGUUUCAAACCUUUGUGGUGAUCUUGCUCAGCUUAAUAAGUAUUUAAAUCAGUUGAGUUUGCAGAGGAGACAAGCUUUGAAUGAGUUUCUAGAUUUAAAAGGAAACAUUAGAGUUUUUUGUCGAGUCAGGCCUUUACUUGAUGAUGAGAGAUAUUUUGGUUUGAGAUCCAUAAUCAGCUCCGAUUCGAGUAAUUUGCUGCUGAAAAUUUCUGAAACAAAGAGCAAACAAUAUGCUUUUGACAGGGUUUUUCAUCAGCAAUCAACUCAAGAACAAGUCUUUUCGGAGAUUGAACCGCUUAUUAAAUCGGCCUUGGAUGGCUACAAUGUGUGCAUUUUGGCGUAUGGCCAGACCGGCACCGGUAAAACUUUUACAAUGGAAGGUGACAAGGAUUCUCUGGGUUUAGUAUCAAGAGGAAUCAAAGAACUUUUCCGACAAGCACUCGAGAGCAAUCUAGAGUACAUGUUUACUUUCAGUAUGCUUGAAAUUUAUAUGGGUAGACUAAGAGAUCUUCUUGUACCUCGAAACAGAAAUACGAGAAAUCAUAAUGCACAAUGCCUUUCGAUCCAAAUGGAUCCCAAUGGCGAUGUCGAUAUUGAGAAACUAACAUCAGUCAAAGUGAGUGAUUUCAACCAAGUGGAAAAACUAUACAAAUUAGGCACCCAAUUAAGAUCAACAGCUUCAACCAUGUCUAAUUCGACAUCAAGCCGAUCUCAUUGUUUGACGCGCAUAACAAUAACUUGUAUCGGAGAAAAUGCAAGACGUAGAGAAACAAGUAAAAUGUGGAUGGUUGAUCUAGGUGGAAGCGAACGUUUACUGAAAACACAAGCAAGCGGAAGACGAUUGCAAGAAGGGAAGGCUAUAAAUUUAUCACUCUCGGCACUUGGUGAUGUUAUUAGUGCACUUCAAAGUAAAAAACAUCAACAUGUGCCUUACAGGAAUAGCAAGCUUACACAAGUACUUCGAGACUCACUUGAGACGGAUUCGAAAACACUUAUGCUUGUUCAUGUCAGUCCUAAAGAAGAGGAUUUAUGUGAAACAAUUUGCUCUUUAAAUUUCGCGAUGCGAGUCAAGAGUGUUCAUUUAGCCUGUGAUGAAUCAGCAGAUGUGAGAGUGAAGAGAGAAGAAACAAUGGCUGAACUGCAAGAGAAGUUGAAGUAUUAUGAAACCAAAUGUCGAAUUGUCCAAGGAGAUAUUGACAUGCUUAAAGAAAAGCUUCGACGUUUAGACAGAAAUAAUGAAACUUCAUGCAUUUCUACUGACACAAUGCAGUUUGAUAUGAUAAACAACUGCACACAAUGUUAUGGAUUCGACUACAAAUUCAAAAAGCCAACCUGGAUUCAUGCGUCCGACUUUUUCGAGUCAAAGGAAAAUGGGUUUGAAUUACCAUAUGUCAGCAACAUCAGUGAAAGAAACCACCAGAUGCCUUCGAAGAGGAAGUCAUCAUCUGUUUAUGCUGAAUCAGCCGGUGACUUUCAGUCUGACUAUGGUUCGGAGUUUAGCAUUGUGACAAUUAGUGAUUGGAAAAAUAUUGUCGAUGAUCAGAGUGAAUGCAGUCAAAGUGCAUCAGAAAAAAGUGAAAUUAAAAAGGUUAUUCUCCAAGAUAGUGAGAAAUCAAUCAGAGAUUCAAGAGCUUCUAGUAGUUCAUGUGAAAGCAGUAAUGGCAACAUGGCUAAUUGGCUUGAUCUCCAAAUGACCAAAAAGACUAGUGUUACUGCAAGUGGGAGGACUAAGAGAGUGCUCGCCAUUCGAUUCAAUGAACAAAAUUCAAGCAUGAUUCAAAGUAAAAAUACAAACGAUUUUACGAAGCUUAAUUCCAAUGCAUCAAUUCAGAAAAAAAAUAUUGGAGCAGCAGAUGCAGAAGCAGAUAUAUCUUUCGACAAAAAGGCAAUCGACGAAUUAAAUUCAAGCAUGACACAAAGUAAAACUAAGAAUGAUUUUAUGAAGCUUAAUUCCAAUGCAUCAAUUCUGAAAAACAAUGGAGCCUCAGAUGCAGAAGCAGAUGUAUCUUUCGACAAAAAUGCAACCGACAAAUUUAAUUCAAGCAUGAUUCAAAGUAGAAAUAUGAAUGAUUUUAUGGAACUUAAUUCCAAUGCAUCAAUUCAGAAAAGCAAUGGAGCUGCAGCUGCAGCUACAGAAGCAGAUAUAUCUGUCGACAAGAAGGCAAUCGACGAAUUUCUCUACUCUUGUGAGGAUGCAGAAAUUCAGAAAAGUAAUCAAGAACAAUCACAAGAUCCGGCGACACCGGUACACAUUGAAAGUUUCGAGAAACCUUACUUACAAUUAGUUCAGUCACAAGUUGAAGUAAAUCCCAUUGAUCAGAAUGAAGAGAAUCAAAACAAAAAAGGUAAACAACAGCAACAUCCAAAGAUUAUUCAUAUAUUAUGGACAAGUGCUCUGCUUGGAUUGGGAAUUACAAGUUUAGGAUAUGAGCAUGAUUUCUUCAAUGGCUUAAUGCUGUAGUAGUGACAUUAUACUCUAUAUUAAACAUCAAAAGGAUUUACAAACAUUGUUGGAAAGAAGUAAAAAUGUGAAACAUCAUCAUAUAUUUAUGUAUAUACAACCUGAUUUAUUGAUAUAUACAUAAAAAAA